AUGGCGCCCGCCUCAGAAGGCACAGCCUCGGCGCCGGCUUCCAGUGCCGCUGUGAGACGGUUGCGACGAGACUUGGAAGCCCUGCAAUCGUCUGGCAACUCCCAGAUUCUGGUGCGCCCUUCAGAGGACAGUCUGCUUCAGUGGCAUUUUGUCCUUCACUCCCUGCCAGAUGACACUCCAUACAGCAGGGGCUGCUACCAUGGCAAGAUACUAUUUCCGAGCACAUACCCUCAUGCUCCGCCUGCCAUCGUCAUGAUUACGCCGAGUGGGAGACUCGAGACGGGCAAACGGCUCUGUCUUAGCAUGACAGACUUCCAUCCAGAGAGCUGGAACCCAGCGUGGUCGGUUGAAACAAUCCUGGUGGGCCUGUUGUCUUUCUUUACUUCCAACGAGAGAGGCUAUGGUUCGGUGCAGGCACCAGACGAGCACCGCCGCAAGCUCGCCUUAGAGUCCUGGCAGGUGAACGCUGCCUCCAGCGUCUUUACAGUGCUCUUCCCGGAGUUUCGAAACCCCACCAACUCCACCGACUCCACCAGCUCUGCACCAGUUCAGUCGGGCUUGGGCUCGAGCUUGGUCUCAGGAGAGAGGAGUGAGACGAAUGAGGCGAAUGAGGCGAAUGAUGCGAGUGAGUCGAAUGCGAACGACUCGAGGAGUGACUCCGUCGAUCCAGCUCGAGACCUGGAGGCCGCAGUAUCAGACUCGGAUGAGCCUACAGAGUGUUGGAUUUGUCGCGACACAACCUCUGAACCUCUGAUUCAGCCAUGCUUGUGCCGUGGUUCGAUGAGCGGCGUUCAUGCCAGCUGUGUAGAAGAAUGGAUCCGGCACCACCGCCGUACUGCCACCAAUGAUGCACCUCCACAGUGUUCUGUCUGUCACCAACCGUAUCAUGGAUCGGAAAGGAUGCCAGGCGUGCGGGACUUUGUCAGACACAAGUGUCGUGAUUUCGGAGUUCAGUGCAUCAGAACUUUGCUGCUGGUGCUCAUGCUCAUGGUGUACCAGGUGUGUGCUCAAGCUCAAAGCAGCAGCUUGCACUUGACGCUUCCUCUGCGCAUCUUGGGCAUCUCCGCUUGCGCCGUGCUGGGACUGUACCGGUUCGUGGUUCUGUUGGUCUCAUUGCCUCCCUACCGGCUGCCUCCGACGAGCCGAUCCCUCCUCCCCUUCUUCAUCUCGGAGCCGAAGCUGCUGGCUUUGCAUAUUGCAGAGGCCUCCGCAUCGGUGACGGUCAUGGUCUUCUGGUGCAUUUCAGGCUUCAUGUCCUGGCCGUACUUUGCUCCCUUCGGUGCCGCCGCAAUGAUGCUGAUGGCGAAGCUGUUUUGCAGGCAGCCGUCUGCAGACUGCAUUGGACGGUGCGGACGCAUUCUACUAUGCAUUCUGUUGUAG